CGAUAGUUAGUUUAGUUGCAUGAAGGAGAGUCAGUGUGUUCUUGAGGGGGAUAGUCUCGGUGCUCGGAUACGGAGAGGGGAGUCUGGAUACACACUUGGAAAGAGAGUUUGCGUUCUCUUAAGUGCUCAUCAUGCCGGUUUUUCACACGAAGACGAUAGAGAGUAUCCUGGAGCCGGUGGCCCAGCAGAUCUCUCAUCUGGUCAUCAUGCAUGAGGAGGGAGAGGUGGACGGGAAAGCCAUCCCGGAUCUCACCGCUCCUGUGGCCGCUGUGCAGGCAGCUGUCAGCAACCUGGUCCGGGUGGGCAAAGAGACGGUUCAGACCACCGAGGAUGCCAUCAUGAGGAGAGACAUGCCGCCUGCCUUUAUAAAGGUUGAGAAUGCGUGCACUAAACUGGUUCAGGCGGCUCUGAUGCUGAAGGCCGACCCGUAUUCUGUCCAAGCCAGAGAUUAUCUGAUCGACGGGUCCCGCGGGAUCCUGUCCGGAACCUCCGACCUGCUUCUGACAUUCGAUGAGGCCGAGGUUCGUAAGAUCAUCCGUGUGUGUAAAGGGAUUCUGGAGUAUCUGACCGUGGCUGAGGUGGUGGAGUCCAUGGAGGACCUGAUCACUUACACCAAGAACCUGGGACCUGGUAUGACGAAGAUGGCCAAGAUGAUUGACGAGCGGCAGCAGGAAUUAACUCAUCAGGAGCACAGAGUCAUGCUGGUUAACUCCAUGAACACCGUCAAGGAGCUGCUGCCCGUUCUCAUCUCAGGUAUGACGAAGAUGGCCAAGAUGAUUGACGAGCGGCAGCAGGAAUUAACUCAUCAGGAGCACAGAGUCAUGCUGGUCAACUCCAUGAACACCGUCAAAGAGCUGCUGCCCGUUCUCAUCUCAGGACUGUGUGUUUUAUUUUGUGGACAUGGUUUGCAGGACACAGAGGCUAUGAAGAGAGCGCUGGCUCUGAUCGACUCCAAAAUGGCCCAAGCCAAGAACUGGCUCCGAGACCCACACGCCCAGCCAGGUGACCCGGGCGAACAGGCCAUCCGUCAGAUUCUGGAUGAAGCGGGUAAAGUUGGCGAGCUCUGCGCUGGGAAAGAGAGACGAGACAUCGUGGGAACGGCCAAAACACUUGGACAACUUACUGAGCAGGUGUCCGAGCUGCGGGCCAGGGGUCAGGGAGCGAGUCCGGUGGCCAUGCAGAAAGCACAGCAGGUGUCUCAGGGUCUGGACGUCCUGACGGGGAAAGUGGAAAAUGCGGCGCGUAAACUGGAGGCCAUGACCGGCUCCAAACAAGCCAUCGCCAAGAGGAUCGACGCCGCUCAGAGCUGGCUGGCGGAUCCUCACGGCGGUCCGGAGGGGGAGGGGAACAUCAGGGCUCUUCUGGGAGAAGCCAGGAAGAUCGCGGAUCUCUGCGAAGAUCCCAAGGAGCGAGAGGAUAUCCUGCGCAGCAUGGGCGAGAUCGCCGGCCUCACCGCCAAACUCUCCGAGCUCAAGGAAGCAGGUAAGGGCGACACUCCUGAGGCUCGAGCGCUAGCGAAGCAGAUCGCCACAGCUCUGCAGAACCUCCAGUCCAAAACCAGCAAAGCGGUGGCCAACACUCGUCCGGCCAAAGCGGCCGUUCACCUGGAGGGGAAGAUGGAGCAGGCGCAGAGAUGGAUCGACAACCCCUCGCUGGAGGACAGCGGUGUCGGUCAGGCUGCGAUCCGCGGGCUUCUGGCCGAGGGCCGGCGUCUGGCCAAUGCUCUGCCGGCGUCGCAGAGGCAGGAUCUGCUGGGUAAGUGUGAGGAGGUGGAGCACCUGAUGGGGCAGUUAGCCGAGCUGGCGGCCCGCGGGGAGGGAGACGGUCCUCAGACCCGCGCCAUCGCUCAGCACCUGCAGGACACACUCAAGGAGCUGAAGGGUAAGAUGCAGGAAGCCAUGACUCAGGAGGUGUCUGAUAUCUUCAGUGACACGACUACGCCGGUCAAACUGCUGGCGGUGGCAGCCACGGCUCCUCCAGACGCGCCCAACAGAGAGAAGGUGUUCGAGGAGCGGGCCGCAAACUUUGAGAAUCACGCGGGUCGUCUGGGAGCCACGGCGGAGAAAGCGGCCGCAGUCGGCACGGCCAACAAGAGCACGGUGGAGGGAAUCCAGACGGCCGUCAAAUCAGCCCGAGAUCUGACGCCUCAGGUCGUCUCUGCAGCUCGGAUCCUCCUGAAGAAUCCUGGAAACCAGGCAGCUUAUGAACACUUUGAGACCAUGAAGAAUCAGUGGAUCGACAAUGUCGAGAAAAUGACGGGUCUGGUGGAUGAAGCGAUCGACACCAGGUCUCUGCUGGAUGCAUCAGAAGAAGCCAUUAAGAAAGAUCUGGACAAGUGUCAGGUAGCUAUGGCCAAUCACCAGCCUCAGAUGCUGGUCGCCGGGGCAACCAGCAUCGCCCGGCGAGCCAAUCGGAUCCUGCUGGUGGCGAAGCGAGAGGUGGAGAACUCCGAGGACCCCAAGUUCAGAGAGACCGUGAAAGCGGCGUCUGAUGAGCUCAGCAGAACCAUCUCACCGAUGGUCAUGGACGCCAAAGCCGUGGCCGCCAACAUACAGGACCACGGCCUUCAGAGGGGCUUCCUGGACUCGGGUUAUAAGAUCCUGGGUGCCGUGGCUAAAGUGCGGGAGGUGUUCCAGCCGCAGGAGCCAGACUUCCCUCCUCCACCUCCAGACCUGGAGAACCUGCAGAUCAGCGACACCGCCGCUCCUCCCAAACCGCCCCUGCCGGAGGGUGAGGUGCCUCCUCCCAGACCUCCGCCGCCGGAGGAGAAGGACGAAGAGUUCCCGGAGCAGCAGGCCGGAGAGAUGGUCAGCGAGCCCAUGAUGGUGGCCGCGAGGCAGCUGCACGACGAGGCCCGCAAGUGGUCCAGCAAGGGUAAUGACAUCAUCGGAGCCGCCAAGCGCAUGGCUCUGCUGAUGGCCGAGAUGUCUCGACUGGUCCGGGGUGUCAGCGGGAAUAAGAGGGCGCUCAUCCAGUGCGCCAAAGACAUCGCCAAAGCCUCAGAUGAGGUCACGCUCCUCGCCAAAGAGGUCGCCAAACAGUGCACAGACAAACGCAUACGAACCAACUUACUGCAGGUGUGUGAGAGGAUUCCCACCAUCAGCACACAGCUGAAGAUCCUCUCCACGGUCAAGGCCACCAUGUUGGGACGCACCAACAUCAGCGAGGAGGAAUCCGAGCAGGCCACAGAGAUGCUGGUCCAUAACGCUCAGAACCUGAUGCAGUCGGUGAAGGAGACGGUGAGAGAAGCCGAGGCCGCCUCCAUCAAGAUCCGCACUGACGCCGGGUUCACCCUGCGCUGGGUCCGCAAGACGCCCUGGUACCAGUGAGGCAGGAGCCGGCGCGAUAUCCCAGCAUGCACUGGGGGGCGCAUUGCAGUCCAGGUCCUAAAUGUCAACGCAGACGUGUCGUUCACAUCUGGACUCAACUAUUCCGUAUCAAAACUGUUGUUCUUGAAUGUCGAUGAGUGUCAAAGAAGGGACGUAAACUUGCUCGAUUGCUUUUCUAAUGAUUUAUUUUGUUUUGAUGGAUCCCAGUUUAAUAUUUUUUUAAAGGGGAAAGUGCUGUUUUUUCAGAAAGGUCAUAUCUUAAUUUUUUUUUUUUUUUUACAGAAACUGAAGC